GUUAUAUUUUCUUGCUUUACAUGCCUGACAAUCUUUGACUGGAAGCCAAACAUCACGAGUUUUUUUAUUUUUGGAUGAUGAGUAUUUUUGCAUUCUGAUAAAUCUUGAUAUUUAUUUUUCAUUAUUUGAUAUGUAUCAUUUUGCGGUGCUGGGUGUUUUUGUAUCCUUAUAAAUCUUAAGUUACUUUGAAACCACUUGAUUUUUUUCCAUGACCGAUUUUAUGAUUUGUUUUUAGGUGGCAUUGGAGUAGUGCUCAUUCUAGGUCUAUUCAUUCCCCAUUGUUGAGACAAUAUUUUCCUGAGUACAUAUCCAUUGCCACCUGAAUUAUGACGUUUUUCCAGUCUAGCUUGUGGGAAUAGGCCAGAUUUCAGGCCCUGUGUGAGUGCUGGGCAUUGUUCUCUCUCGGAUGUUUUUUCCUGGCCUCAGGUAGUUUCCUCAAAAGCAUAUGCUGAUCAGUAUUCUGCUGAAUGUAUGGGAGGAGGGGGGUCUGCAGAUCACUGGUGUGCAGUUCUCUUCUCCCUUGUACUCUGUUCUGUGAACUCAGCUGGCUUUGUCUCACUGGUCUCUAGCUCCAUCUUCUCAUCUCAGUGUCUGCCGAUCUUCAUCUCAAUUUCCCCUUCCUGUAUAUACCACGGAAACCCUGGUGGCGUAGCGGCUAAGUGCUAUGGCUGCUAACCAAAUGGUCAGCAGUUCAAGUCUGCCAGGCGCUCCUAGGAAACCCUAUGGGGCAUUGCACAGGGUCGCUAUGAGUCGGAAACGACUAGAUUAUUAUUAUUUUUUUUUUGUGUAUACCAUGCCUUGGAAUUUCUUCAAAGUAGUAAGCUGGGACAAUCUCAGGGCUCACUUCAUUUGCUUUUCCUCUUUAAGGGACAGAUCACUUUCUUUUUAUUUCUUGAUAUUCCAGUGUCUUGAUGUUCAUUGUUUUAUAUAUUUUGACUUUGUUGUUGUUUCGAGUGGGAAAGUACAUCUGAUCCCUGUUAUUCUGUCUUCUCUGGAAGCAGAAGUUUCCUCUGUAUACUUUUAAAGAAGCUUGUUUGUGCCCUAGGUCUGAGGAGGCAGUAUAUUUAUUCUCAUUGCCCUCAGUUUUGGCUCACAUUUCUCUGUUGCAUUUUGCAUAAAGUCUUCAUAGUUUGUGAUUUCAGGUUAUGGAUUUUUCUUUCGUUCUCUGAAGGUGGAAUUUUUUCCUUUCUUUUUGUUUUAAUUUUUCUCACUGAAUUUUUUGGGAAGGCAAUAGAGUAAAGCUCUGCUAGUCUAACUGUAAUCUCAGUUAUUGGAAAUGCUUUAUUUUCUAAUUCUCAUCUAUAAUCUGAUUCUCUAGUGGAAAUAUUUUUUCCUUUUUGAUAGAUUCUUUUUUUUUUCUCUAAGAAAAUAUCUUUCUAUCACUGACAUAAUGGCUUGAAAACAUUAUUACAUUAACAACUCUCUCUCUUUGAGAGAACUUUGGGAGAAAUACAUUGAUAAGUUUCUUGGAGUAGAAGUUGAGUCCCUUAGAACAUGGGUAUCAGAGGACCAGUCUUCUUACUCCCUACUGAUAUUAAAAAUCCUGAAGAAGCUGUUUGUAUGGAAAAAAUGGGAGGAUUUUUUUUUUUUUAAAUCUCUGAUUGUUAUGGAGAAAGUAGAGAAUUGAGGGAUUGAAGUGGUAAUUUGGGAAAAAUAAGCAGUGUGAUGGUGUGAAACUGGGCUACUGUGUGUGUUGGCGGUUUUUUUUUUUUUUAAGCAGUGUGAUGGUAUGAAACUGGGCUACUGUGUGUGUGUUGGCGGACCACCAGGAAAUCCCUAUAACAGGAUAAAUGAAGUCUGUCAAAAGCAAAAAUGUUGAAGUUAUUUGCAUUGCUGUAAUAUAAGUAACUUUUUCUUUUUUAAGCAAAAGCAGAUCAUAUCGAUCCCCUGCUCGAAACCCUCCUUUGGCUUAUUGUCACACUCAGAGUAAAAUCCAAACUUCUAGUGUUGCAUAUAGUCUUUCCUACACAUAUCUUUUAGUCUAUCUUCCAUUACUCUCCAUCUUAUUAAUUCUACUUGAGGUACACUUGCAUUUUUGAUCUUUCUUCAACAAGCUCAGCUUAUUCCUACGUGCAGGGAUCUUCUCCUCCAGGUAUCCUCCAUGUUCUUUCUUUUAUUUCAUUAAGUUCUCAGAUGUAAUUUCUUAAGCCUUUCUUACCUGUUUUAUCAAAAAUACAUUCCUACCCACUAGCAAUCACUCUUUUUUUCCUUACUUUGCUGUAUUAAAGUGUUGAUUAACUUGGCAUUGUAUUAUAGAUAAGUAUAAGGAUGAAUGGAUAGAGUAGUUAUUAUUAUUUUUAGUUUCAAAUAAAACCUGAACUUCAUAAGGGCAGAGUUGUUUUUUAUUUUAACUCAAUGUAUUUCUAGCUCAGGGAAUAAUGUCUUAUAUAGAGUAGGCACUCAAAUAUUUAGUGAAUGAAUGAAGCAAAUCCAGAAUGAUGUUUAAUAGUUCUUUACUGUAUUUAAUUACAAUGUGGUUUUCUGGUAUAUAUUAUUUUCUAUUUGUGAGGUUACAUAUGUAAUCUUCUCUAAGCAUAUACCAUUCCUUCUCUAUUUCAUUCUCAUAACCCUCUUUAUUUCUACCAGUAUUUAUUGCAGUUUGUGAGGUGGCUAAGUUCAUACAGUGUUUUAAAAACUAAUUUCCAGAUCUUUGUUUUAAAACUUGUAUGUAGCAUAUGUACUUACCGUAUAAUGUAAUCUUAAGUAUUAAAAUGGUAAUUGUCAGUGUUGAGUAGGAGUACAUGUAUUCAGUAUAAAAAAUAACCUAGAAUGGACAUGAUUUCUAAUAUAUUGGCUUUCUCAAUUUGUUUUUUAACAAGAUUUUUUUUAGAAGUAUAACAUUCAUAGAAAUGCAUAAAAAGUCGUGCGUAUGGCUUGAGGACUUAUCACAAGUGAAUGCAUCUCUGUAAUGUUGCCCAGAACAAGAAAGAGGGCAGAAGCCUCCUUUACACCCUUUGUUAUUCACUACCCUCCUCCUUCUCCCCAAGGUUGACCUGGAACAUUCUGAUUUGAAACACCGUUGUUGUUAAGGGUCCUCAAGAUCACCCCAGUUCAGUGAUUCACUAGAAGAACUCACAGAACUCAGAAAAACUCCUAUGCUCACUGUCUUAGGCUGAGUUCUCUAGAGAAGCAAAACCAGUGAAGCGUAUAAAUAUGUAGAUUAGUAGAUUUCUAUCAAGGAAAUGGCCCACAUGGUUGUAGAGGCUGGAAAGUCCCAAGUCCAUGGGUCGGGCUGGAGGCUUCUCCUGACUCACAUAGCUGCAGGGGCUGGCGAACUCAAGAUCAGUAGGUCAGACAGCAGGCCUCUUGCUUACAGGCUGCAGAGGCUGAUGAAUCCCAGGAGCAGCAGGUAAGCUGCUAGCUCAAGUCCCAAGAAGUGGAGGUCAGAUGAACGGAGCUACCUGCAGGAUCCAGAGCAAGCAAGAGCCAACGAACUUUGCCAGAAAGUCCACCUAUAUUGGAUGCAGGCCACGCCACCAAGAAAAAUUCCUUUCAGCUGAUAUGGCUGUUCAUAACAGUUCUCAUCAUGGAGGUAUUCCCAUCUGUCAGCAGCACUUAAUUUGGAAUAACAUGGAACUUGAAGACGAUUAUUGCUUGAAUGAUUACAACAUUUCGGAAGGUUGUACCUUGAAGCUGGUAUUGGCUAUGCGUGGCGGACCUAUAAAUACUAGAAAAGUUCCUGUGGAAGACCCACUUAGGGAGAUGGCUGAGUACCUGGAUUCCAGUCGAGAGGAGGUCUGGGAGAAGACUUCCUGCAACAAACAAGUUACAUUUUUGGUAUACCGAGAAGGAGAUCAAUUGAAUUUCUUUCGUGUAGUAGAUAGGGGAGAUGGCACUUUAACACCAUUAUCUGAAUCUUUAAGUGGAGGCUCUGUGUAUAAUUUGUAUACAGAUGAAGAUGAAGAAACUGAGCCUUCUCCUUCUGGGCAACAGAUAAUUGAAAAUUCAAUAACUAUGAAUAAGAUGAAGCUGCUGAAGGCAAAGAUGGAGAACAUGAAUCUCAGCAAAAAGCCUAAGAAAGCUGUUAAGGUAAAACCUCGUCCGCCUCUAGCUCCUCGACCUUCUAGUGGUUCCACGGCAGCAGCUCGCCGUAGAUUGUUGAGGGUUCUCCCCCACAUCGGACAGUCUUGCUUACCUUCUCCUGGGAAUACAUAUCUACCUGAAACUUCCAAGAAUGCGCUUUCAAGUUUGGCGACUCUGCUCCCUGCUGAUAAACCCAUAUCAUCUAUCACUAGUGAUUUUCUUAAGGAAGAUGAUAACUGGGAGAGUAACACACUGUCUCAUUCCAAUGGUAGCAUCAAACUACCACCUCAGAUACCUCAUGUGGAAUUCAAAAAUGACAAAGAGUUUACUGAUUCUGUCCUCCAUCUUGGGUCAUCCCUGUCUAGGCGAACAGAACACUUUUCAGGAAGCUUGCCAUCUAAUAAUGAGGAUGACACUGUCUUAUUUCCAACUACAGAACCAUGUGUUACUGAAGAAUCCCUUCUACCUAAAGUGGGUUCAUUUGCUUCGUUAACAGAAGGAAACUCUAAUGAACAACAGAGCAGUGGCUUAGAAGGUCUAUGGAAGGUAAAUCCAGAGCUCCUACUCACUAAUGGUGAUAAAGGACUGACAGCUACAGAACAACACCUUAAACAUGUUGCAAGAGUGUUGAGUGGUGAGUCAGUAGAAACUACAGUUCUUAACCACCGUGAAUUAAGCCCUCACAAGAAUAGACUCUUGUCACCUCUUCGCUGUUCUGCACCAAUGUCGCUGCAUAAUUCUCUGGUGAAACCACAAAGACAGCCCAAAUGUUUAGAAUCUGGGAACCUCCAGUCUUCUGCUUCACAAAAUGUGCUCCGUUCACUGGAUGUUCGAAAUAUAACUGAUUGUUCUUUCUCUAGGACUACUCGCUUUCGAGGUGUUAAAGUUGAUUCACCUGGGAAAAGGUCUGAUAUUAUUUCUAAAGUUGAGGCUCGGGAUAUUACAGAAAUGGCCAACAAGGCUUCCAAAGAGCCCGUUGGUUGUGUAAAUAAUAUAGGUUUUCUUGCUUCGCUGGCCCGGAGCGCAAGCAGAGACAGUUUACAGAGCACGUGUGGGGCAGGCAGGCUUCGAGCUUCUGGAAUUGGGCUAUCUACAAACCUCCAGCAUUUUCAGGAAGAAAGCCUUAGGAAAAGCUCUCCCCAGUUAGAGCCCACAGAUUUCUUUCUAUCAGCCCGUGGUAUUGGAAUAAGUGGAAAUAAUGCAGCAGCAGGAAAAAAAGUAGGGGAAUGUACUCAUCACCUGCCACCUGUGAAAGCCCCUGUUCAAACAAAGAAGAGAACAGCAAAGCAGUGUUUUCUUUGUGGGAAGAAAACAGGACUGGCUACUAGCUACGAAUGCAGAUGUGGAAACAACUUCUGUGCCUCUCAUCGCUAUGCAGAAACCCACGGCUGCACCUAUGAUUACAAGAGUGCAGGGAGGAGACACUUGCAGGAGGCAAACCCUGUUGUUAAUGCACCAAAGCUUCCAAAAAUAUAACUCUUACUCUGCACAGAACUGUUCUGCCCAAGGAAUUGUAUUAUAAUGACAGAAGAAAUAUUGUUUAGACUGCAUUAUUUUUGUUCGACUCCAAAAGAUUUGCCAAAUCACAAAAGCGUACAGUGUAUACUGUUGGAGAAUGACAAUACUACUGUAGUGGACAUCUUUAUUCUUUGGUGAAUUGAAAGUCUUAAAAGUAGUUUUAAAAAUUUUACACUAUGAUGAUGUUAGCUUUGUUAUUGCAUGUCUUGUGUUAAGUGUUUUAUAUUUAAUAUUGCAAUUUCACUAGACAAGUCUUCAAAAAAAGCACUUUAGGAAGUUAAUAUUGACUGUGUAACCAGGCCUCCACACAUGCAGUACAGAAAUGAGGGUCAUGUAAUGGCUCUACUUGAGUCUACCACAUGGUUUUUUUUUGGUGGGGGGGCGAGGGCGGGUAUGGGCGUUGGGAAGGUGGGGAUAUUUUUUUUAAAUCCCAUGUGUGAAUGUUUAUUGAGUUUACUAGGAAGUUCCUUUUUAUUUCAAGCCACUAUUUCUAAAAAGGACAUUUCGUUUUCCAGUAUGGUUUUUAGCACACAUCUAUCUCUUCCGUAUUCAGGCUGGCACUCAGAUAUGUGUGUCCAUUCUAUGAAACAUAUCAUCUUAAUCAUAGUGUAUAUUUCUUCAAAUACUACUUUUUGAAUAGUUUUAAAAUAGAAGAUAUCCCACUUGUUGUUGUUGAAUACGGAAACCAACUUUUCACCUUUUAAGAAAUGGCUAUGUUUAAAACUAAACCUCACAGCUUGGUUUGUUUUUCUUAUGUGUUGAGUGCUAUUACCAGGAGAAAUUCAAAUAAAUAUUCAGUUUCAUUAUGAGAUUAUUUGAUUAUUUACAGUAACUUUUCUUUUAUAAAACCAUUUAAUGUUAAAUAAAUCUGAUGUACUCUACUUUGAAAAAAUAAGUGUCAUUAUAAAGACAUUGUUUUAGGGAGUAAAGGCCCUGUUUCCCAGAUGGAACCAAAAUACCAUUCAGGCUUUUGGGAAGCCACUUGCUCUACAGAGGCUCAGCUGAGGGUGAUGCUGAGCCCUGGUAAACAGCCAGCAGGCAGCCCAAGUGGACUCUGCAGCUCUUUGGCUGCCUUUUCUGUUGGGUGAGUGUUUAUAGAUCAUUAUGUUAGAUUAUUAGACUAGGAAAUGUCUCAUUAGUGAGUUGAUCCCAAAAUAUUUCAUCCUGUUUUGAAAAGCAACUCCACAGUAGAAUUUUUUUAUUGACUUUUUGCUUUUUCAUGUGCUUGAUACACAUUUGAGAGAAGGCUUCAGAGACUUCUUUCUCCCCACAUGACUUCUUUCUCCACCUAAAGCCACAUGAACAGGAGAGUUUGCUACCCUUCCCCUAACUCCAGUGAGAGAUAGAAUGCUGAAUAGAGAAAGAUGCUGGAGGGAAAUAUGUUUACAAGACUUAGAGGGGAUGGCAAGAAAUGAGUGGAGGAUUGAAGCAAUUGGGGGUUGAAGGAAUGUAUCUUAAGGGGGGAAUAACAAACAAAAGCAAACCCUUGCCAUUGAGUCAGUUCCAACUCAUAGUGGCCUUCUAUAUAGGUUAAUAAAAAAUAUGUCCAUUUGUGUUAAUGAAUAGUUCAGUUUUCCUCCCUUGUUAAGAAAAUGUUUACUUCAGACGUUUAACAUCUAAGAGUUCUAUUACAUGGAUAGACUGCUGGAAUAUGGACCAAAACAUGCAUGCAUACAUACAUACUUGUGGAUGCUUAGGGCAUGCAGUGAAAUAGGCUUAGUGUACUAUGGUUUUUAAACCAAGUCUAUAAGUACAAAUCUUGUUUUAAGUUUUACCAAAGAUUUUGGGCAAAGUUGACUCUUUUCCUAAUUUUCAGCUUUAAUUCUAUAGCCAUAUCAGAAAUUAUGAUUAUUUUAUUUACUAAAAUCAUUGGGAAAUGAACCACUUUAAUUUAGAAGUUAAUAUCAUUAUUGGGAGGCAUUUCUUUGUGUUUUGAAUUCGCAUAAAGAAGCAAUUAUUAGAGCUCUCGAAUCUGCACGUUCCCAGUAAUUAGCAGAGUGCCUUGCUUAUAGGCACUGCUUAACAUUAGUUAAAUAAAUUAAUUUUUGUGUUUGGACAACUUAGCCAUAAUUAAAAGCAAAGAAUUUAUAUUGUUUUAUUUAAGCAAAAUUUUAUAUGGAAAAAUUGAGUUUCCAGAUUAUUUUUUUUCUUUUUAUCAGUAAGCAUUUGAUUUAGCAACAUUAAAAGUGUAUCUUAAAAUUUUUAAUAUUUAGCUAUGUGAAAUAUUUUCAUAUUGUUUUGUGUAUUUUAAUCAGUCCAAUGUGGAAAGUUCAAAUACUCAUUUUUUAAAAUUUUAUCAGUGGUGUAACUUUUGGAGGGAUUUAAUUGAAAAAAAAAAAAGUCAAAUUAAUUUUCUAGUAUGUGUUCAAUAUGGCUUUAAGCCAUCAUGACAAAUAAUCAAAUCUUUUAUCUGGCAGUGUUUCCAAAAGUGUGACCUGUGUACCACUGUAGGAACAUGAGAUGAUUUUAGGUAGUACAUGGUUGAACAUUUUUAUUUUAAAUAGCUGUAUUUUUAACAUGUGUUAUAAAAUACAAGUAGCUUAAGUUGAAAAUAACAUAAAAUAAAUCAAUUUAGGUUAAAACAAGCUUGAUUGAGAAUUGACAAUACGACAUAUAACAAAAAUCCUAAAAGUGAACCUGAGGGGAGGCGGAGCCAAGACGGCAGAAUAGACAGAAGCUUCCAGCAAGCCCUCUUUACAACAAAGACCCGAAAAAACAAAUGAAACGAGUAUGUUUGUGACAAGCUAGGAGCCCUGAGCUUCAAAGACAAGCUUACAAAACGAACUGAGGGUAAGAGGGAGGAAGACACCAUUCAGAAGCGGAGAGGAGUUACCGGACCUGAAUCGCGGGGAACCCUCAGGCACCAUUGCUGGAGUGGCGGUGGUGACAGGCUGCUACUAGCGUUCGGCCGCAGGUUCCUCAGGAAGAAGCAGCCAGCCACACAGCCUGCUCACACCUCGGGAACCAGAGAAGAACAGCGCUCCUGGCAAAAGCUAAGUACUUGCGUAUAUUUUACCGCCUGCCCCCCUGCCCCGACCCCCAGGCCGGCUUCAGCAGCUGAAUUCCCUGGGCCUGAGCUAGACGCUGUUGAGCACCUAGAGCCAUCCUCUUGGCCUUGGGGAAGAAAAAAAUUUGCAACUGGGGUAAAAGAUAAUUUGCCAGCUCCACUAACCGGGGAGCUCAGGACAGAAGCAGCUCCUGUCUGUGCAUAAACCAUCCAUGGACUUUGAACACCUUUCCCUUCUGCAUGGACCCGUGUGGGCCUAUUUUGGGAGAAUAGGCCCUUGUUGGCAGACUCCAACCAUUACAGCUGUGUGGUGGAGAGGUGGGUGUUUAAUGUUUGAUAUUUCUUUGCAUAUUAAACAAAGUCUUCACCUACCCACAUCAGGGACCUAAGGACUGGUAGCUCCACUCAGGUCACCCAGCCACCUGCAACAGGGGUCCAAAGAAAACCAGUACUUCCCAGUCCUUACAACCAAAAAACUUUGGGUGCCCAUGGCCCAUCUGCAGAAUCCAACCACCUGCAUGCUCUAGGGAACAGGGACGUGCUUUCCUCAGGGACACUUGGGGGUCGGUUCUAAGCCCCCUGCCUUGUUCAGAGCGUGACCCCCUGCUGCAAUCAGAUACUGGUAUAUACGCCAAUCACCCCUGCCCCUCUAAGACUGUAGGACAGAGCCUGUACCACACACUUGAUACCAGCUACCUGGAAACCUGAGCUGAAUUCAUACAAGAAAACUGAAUGGACUCCUAGGCUGAUAUACCUGAUAACAGCUCUAGCCAUCAGCAGAUAGGACGUCAGAGUUCCAAAGGUGAAAAUAAUCAAGCAAGCUCACUCAAGCAACCCAUAGUGGUAUACCAAAACAAAACAAAGCAAGAAGCUACGACACAGUAAGCAAGUGUAAACUAAAAAUAACUUAUAGAUGGCUCGGAGACAGUAGUCAAUAUCUAGUCACAUAAAGGUGACCAUGAUCACCUCAACAGGCUCUCAAAAAAAAGAAUCCAGGGAUCUUCUAGAUGAAAGUGCAUUUCUGGAAUUACCAGAGCCAGAAUACAAAAGUUUAAUAUACAGAACACUUCAAGACAUCAGGAAGGAAAUGAGGCAAUGUGCAAAACAAGCCAAGGAACACACAGAUAAAGCAAUUGAAGGAAUUAGAAAGAUAAUUCAGGAACAUAAUGAAAAGUUUUAUAUGCUGGAAAAAUCCAUAGACAGCAAUCAGAAAUUCAGAAGAUUAACAAUUAAAUUACAGAAGUAGACAACUCAAUAGAAAGUCAAAGGAGCAGAAUUGAGCAAGUAGAAGGUAGAAUUUCUGAACUCGAAGAUAAAUCACUUGACACUAAUAUAUUUGAAGAAAAAUCAGAUAAAACAAUUUUAAAAAAAGAAACCUUAAGAAUCACGUGGGACCCUAUCAAGAGAAAUAACCUACGAGUGAUUGGAGUACCAGAACAGGAAGGGAUAAAAGAAAAUACAGAGAGAACUGUUAAAGAUUUGUUUACAGAAAACUUCCCUGAUAUCGUGAAAGAUGAGAAGAUAUCUAUCCAAGAUGCUCAUCGAACUCCACAUAAGGUAGAUACUAAAAGAAAGUUACGAAAAUAUAUUAUAAUCAAAUUUGCCAAAACCAAAGAUAAAGAGAGAAUUGUAAGAGCAGUGAGGGAUAAACGAAAAGUCACCUACAAAGGAGAGCCAGUAAGAAUAAGCUUGGACUACUGGGGAGAAACCAUGCAGGCAAGAAAGCAAUGGGAUGACAUAUUUAAAAAAUCAAAGGAAAAAAAUUCCCUGCCAAGAAUCAUAUCUCCAACAAAACUGUCUCUUAAAUUUGAGAUUGAAAUUAAGACACUUUCAGAUAAACACUAGGGAAUUCCUAAAAACCAAACCAAAACUACAGGAAAUACUAAAGGGAGUUCUUUGGUUAGAAAAUCAAUAUCAGGUGUCAACCCAGACCAGAACACUGGGCAGAGCAACCAGAAGUCAACCCAGACAGGGAAAUCCAAAAAAAAAAAAAAGCAAGAUUAUUAAAAAAAAGAAGAAAAAAAGGUCAAAACAGGAUAACAAUGAAGUUAUUAUAUAAAACAGAACAAUAUUAAAAUAAUAAAGAGGGACUAAGUAAUGUAAUCAUACAGCUUCCGUAUGGAGAGGAAGUUAUGGUGAUACAAAGAAAUAAAAGUUAAGUUUAAAUUUAGAAAAAUAGCAGUAAAUAAUAAAGUAACCAUAAAGGAGACAAACUAUCCUACUCAGCAAAAUAAAAUACAAGAAAAAAAUAGAGACUCAGCAAAACAAAAUCAACAACAACAAAUAUGAGGAAAUACAAUAUAUAAAGAUGAUCUACUCAGCACAUAAAAUUAAGUGGGAAAAAGAAAGUGUCAACAACACAGAAAAAAAGACAUCAAAAAGAUAGCACUAAAUUCAUACCUAUCCAUAAUUACACUGAAUUUAAAUGGACUAAAUGCACCAAUAAAGAGACAGAGAGUGGCAGAAUGGAUUAAAAAACAAGAUCCGUCUAUACGUUGCCUACAAGAGACACACUUUAGACUUAGAGACACAAACAAACUAAAACUCAAAGGAUAGAAAAAAUAUAUCAAGCAAACAACAAUCAAAAAAGAGCAGGAGUGGUAAUAUUAAUUUCUGACAAAAUAGACUUUAAAGUUAAAUCCAUCACAAAGGAUAAGGAAGGACACUAUAUAAUGAUUAAAGGGACAAUACACCAAGAAGAUAUAACCAUAUUAAAUAUGCAACCAGUGACAGGGCUGCAAGAUACAUAAAACAAACUCAGCAUCGAAAAGUGAGAUAGACAGCUCCACAAUAAUAGUAGGAAACUUCAACACGCCACUUUCGGUGAAGGACAGGACAUCCAGAAAGAAGCUCAGUAACGACAUGGAAGAUCUAAAUGCUGCAGUGAACCGACUUGACCUCGCAGACAUAUACAGAACACUCCACCCAACACCAACCAAGUAUACUUUCUUUUCUAGUGCACAUGGAACAUUCUCUAGAAUAGACCACAUCUUAGGUCAUAAAGCAAGCCUUAGUACCAAAACAUUGAAAAUAUUACAAAGCAUCUUCUCUGACCAUAAGGCCAUAAAAGUGGAAAUCAAUAACAGGAAAAGCAGGGAAAAGAAAUCAAACACUUGGAAACUGAACAAUACCCUGCUCAAAAAAGACUGGAUUAUAGAAGACAUCAAGAAUAAAAUAAAUUCAUAGAAUCCAAUGAGAAUGAAAACACUUCCUAUCAACCUUUGGGACACAGCAAAAGCGGUGUUGAAAGGGCGGUUUACAUCAAUGAAUGCAAACAUCCAAAAAGAAGAAAGGGCCAAAAUCAAAGAAUUAUCUCCACAACUUGAACAAAUAGAGAGCAACAGAAGAAACCCACAGGCACCAGAAGAAAACAAAUAGUAACAAUUAGAGCUGAGCUAAAUGAAAUAGAAAACAGAAAAGAUGAUUGAAAGAAUUAACAAGACCAAAAGUUGGUUUUUUGGAAAAAUCAACAAAAUUGAUAAACCACUGGCCAAACUGACAAAGAAAAACAGGAGAGGAAGCAAAUAACCUGAAUAAGAAAUGAGAUGGGCGAUAUUACAACAGACCCAACUGAAAUUAAAAGAAUCACAUCAGAUUACUACAAAAAAUUGUACUCAAACAAAUUUGAAAACCUAGAAGAAAUGGAUGAAUUCCUAGAAAUACACUACCUACCUAAACUAACACAAACAGAGGUAGAACAACUAAAUAGACCCAUAACAAAAGAAGAGGUUGAAAAGGUAAUCAAAAAACUCCCAAUUAAGAAAAGCCCUGUUCCAGAGGGCUUCACUACAGAGUUCUACCAAACUUUCAGAGAAGAGUUAACACUACUAAUACUAAAGGUAUUUCAGAGCAUAGAAAAGGACAGAAUACUCCCAAACUCACUCUAUGAAGCCACCAUAUCCCUGAUGCCAAAACCAGGUAAAGGCACCACAAGAAAAGAAAAUUAUAGACCCAUAUCCUUUUUAUCCCUCAUGAACGUAGAUGCAAAAAUCCUCAACAAAAUUCUAGCCAAUAGAAUUCAACAACAUAUCAAGACAAUAAUUCACCAUGACUAAGUGGGAUUCAUAACACGUAUGCAGGGCUGGUACAACAUUAGAAAAACAAUGUAAUCCACCACAUAAAUAAAACAAAAGACAAGAAUCACAUGAUUUUAUCAGUUGAUGCAGAAAAGGCAUUUGACAAAGUUAACACCCAUUCAUGAUAAAAACUCUCAGCAAAAUAGGAAUAGAACGAAAAUUCCUCAACAUAAUAAAGGGCAUUUAUACAAAGCCAACAGCCAAUAUCACCCUUAAUGGAGAGAGCCUGAAAGCAUUCCCACUGAGAUCAGGAACCAGACAAGGAUGCCCUUUAUCACCACUCUUAUUCAACAUUGUGCCGGAGUUCCUAGCCAGGGCAAUUAGGCUAGAUAAAGAAACAAAGGGCAUCCAGAUUGGAAAGGAAGAAGUAACAGUAUCUCUAUUUGCAGAUGACAUGAUCUUAUACACAGAAAACCCUAAGGAAUCAUCAAGAAAACUACUGAAACUAAUAGAAGAGUUCAGGAGAGUAUUGAGAUAUAAGAUAAAUAUACAAAAAUCAGUUGGAUUCCUCUACACCAACAAAAAGAACAUCGAAGAGGAAAUCACCAAAUCAGUACCAUUUACAGUAGCCCCCAAGAAGAUAAAAUACUUAGGAAUAAAUCUCACCGGAGAUGUAAAAGACUUAUACAAAGGAAACUAUAGUACACUUCUGCAAGAAACCAAGAGACUUAACAUGAGUGUAAAAACAUACCUUGCUCAUGGUUAGGAAGACUUAACAUUAUAAAAACUUCUAUUCUACCAAAGGUGAUCUAUACAUGUAAUGCAAUUCUGAUCCAGAUCCCAAUGACAUUAUUUAAGGAGAUGGGGAAACAAAUCACCAACUUCAUAUGGAAGGGAAAGAGGCCCCGGAUAAAUAAGGCAUUCCUGAAAAAGAAGAAGAAAGUAGGAGGCCUUACUUUACCUGAUUAUAUCGCCACAGUAGUCAAAACAGCCUGAUACUGGUACAACAAUAGAUACAUAGACCAAUGGAACAGAAUUGAGAAUCCAGGCAUAAAUCCAUCCACACUAAAAAAAAAAAAGAAAAUUUGACAAAGCCCCCCCCCAAAAAAAAAACACAGCUAAAUGGGGAAAAGACAGUCUUUUUAACAAAUGGUGCUGGCAUAACUGGAUAUUCAUCUGCAAAAAAAUGAAACAAGACCCAUACCUCACUCCGUGCACAACAACAAGCUCAAAAUGGAUCAAUGAUCUAAAUGUAAAAUCUAAAACGAUAAAGAUCAUGGGAGAAAAAAUAGGGACAACUUUUGAAACCCUAAUACAUGGCAUAAACUGUAUACAAAACAUUAAGAAUGCAGAAGAGAGGGGCAUUCACUAAUUAGAUAGUAGAUAAGAACUACUUUAGGUGAAGGGAAAGACAGCACACAAUACCGGGGAGGUCGGCACAAUUGGACGAAACCAAAAGCAAAGAAGUUUCCUGAAUAAACUGAAUGCUUCGAAGGCCAGCGUAGCAGGGGCAGGGUUCUGGGGCAUGGUUUCAGGGGACAUCUAAGUCAAUUGGCAUAAUAAAAUCUACUAAGAAAACAUUCUGCAUCCCACUUUGAAGAGUGGCGUCUGGGGUCUUAAACACUAGCAAGCAGCCAUGUAAGAUGCAUCAAUUGGUCUCAAUCCACCUGGAUCAAAGGAGAAUGAAGAACACCAAGGACACAAGGUAACUUCAAGCCUAAGAGACCACAUCAUCCUGAGAGCAGAAGAACUAGAUGCUGCCCGGCUACAACUGAUGACUGCCCUGACAGGGAACACAACAGAGAACCCCUGAGGGAGCCGGAGAGCAGUGUUAUGCAGACCCGAAAUUCUCAUUAAAAGCCAGACUUAAUGGUGUGUCUGAGACUAGAAGGACACCGGUGGUCAUGGCCCUCAGACCUUCUGCUGGCUUAGGAGAGGAACCAUUCCUGAAGGCAACUGUUUAGACACGGAUUGGACUGGACAAUGGGCUGGAGAGCUAUGCUGGUAAGUAGUGAGCUUUUUGGAUCAGGUGGAGACGAGAUUAUGUUGGCAUCUCCUUCCUCGUGGGGAGAUGAGAGGGUAAAGGGGGUUAGAAGCUGGCGAAAUGGACACGGAAAGAGAGAGUGGAGGGAGAGAGCGGGCUGUCUCAUUAGGGGGAGAGUAACUGGGAGUAUGUUGCAAGGUAUAUACAAGUUUUUGUGUGAGAGACUGAUUUGAUUUGUAAACUUUCACCUAAGGCACAGUAAAAAUUAUAAAAAUAAAAAAGAAAAAAAAGUGAGCUUGAAGGACUGAAAUUUAGGAAACGAAGGUAAAAUUCUUUUACUUUUUGAAAAUUAUGUUAAACUUUUAAGAUGUUUGAUGAAAGUAAUAUAUAGAUUUUUCAAAAACUAUAUGAGUAAAAAACGAAAAGUGCAGUUUCACCGUAGACCAUCCCAACCUCUUGUAAUCAUUUCUGUAUUAGUUUUCUAGUAAUUACCAUCUAACACUAGUCUGUAUAUUUUAGACGUUGCUUUUUGGCACACCAUUAUUAAAGACGAGGAAUUUAGCCUAAUCACACAAUACCUUAAUGUUUUUCUUUCCAGUUUCUGUCAAUUACUUGUAGUGAUAGUGUUAUGUGCUGCCGAGUCAAUUCCGACUCAUAGAGACCCUACAGGGGAGAGUAGAACUGCUGCAUAGGGUUUCUUAGAUUAUAAUGUUUACAGGAGCAGAUCAGCAGCUUUUCUCCCAUAGAGUAACUGGUGGAUUUGAACAGCUGACCUUUCUGUUAGCAUCCAAAUGCUUAACCAUUGCACCACGAGGGCUCCUUUUAGUGAAAAACCAAAACCAAAACCAAACCCAAACCCAGUGCCGUCGAGUCGAUGCCGACUCGUAGCAACUCUAUAGGACGGAGUACAACUGUUCUAUAGAGCUGCCAAGGAGCGCUUGGUGGAUUUGAACUGCCGACCUUUAUGGUUAGCAGCUGUAGCACUUAACCACUAUGCCACCAGGGUUUCCCAUCUUAGUGAUUAAAAAAAAAAAAGAAGUGAUAGUUAUUUCAGAUUCACUCAUUUGAUUGCAGUUACCUGAGUCCAUGUUACCGUAGCUUUCACCUGAACUACUACAAUAGUAGAGUAAUUGGUUUAAAGUCAGGAAAGGUGUGCACCAGGGUUGUAUUCUUCCACCAUACCUAUUCAAUCUGUAUGCUGAGCAAAUAAUUCAAGAAGCUGGACUAUAUGAAGAACAGGGCGUCAGGAUUGGAGGAAGACUCAUUAACAACCUGCAUCAUGCAGAUGACACAACCUUGCUUGCUGAAAGUGAAAAGGACUUGAAGCACUUACUAAUGAAGAUCAAAGACCACAGCCUUCAGUGUGGAUCACACCUUAAGAUAAAGAAAACAAAAAUCCUCACAACUGGACCAAUGAGCAACAUCAUGAUAAACAGAGAAAAGAUUGAAGUUGUCAAGGAUUUCAUUUUACUUGGAUCCACAAUCAACAGCCAUGGAAGCAGCAGUCAAGAAAUCAAAAGAUGCAUUGGAUUGGGUAAAUCUGCUGCAAAGGACCUCUUUAAAGUGUUGAAGAGCAAAGAUGUCACCUUGAAGACUAAGGUGCACCUGACCCAAGCCAUGGUAUUUUCAAGCAAAUCAUAUGCAUGUGAAACCUGGACAAUGAAUAAGGAAGACUGAAGAAUCGAUGCCUUUGAAUUGUGGUGUUGGCGGAGAAUAUUGAAUAUACCGUGGACUGCCAGAGGUACAAAUUAAUCUGUCUUGGAAGAAGUACAACCAGAAUGCUCCUUAGAAGCAAGGAUGGCGAGACUGCGUCUUAUGUGCUUGGUACAUGUUGUCAGGAGGGAUCAGUCCUUGGAGAAGGACAUCAUGCUUGGCAAAGUACAGGGUCAGCGGAAAAGAGGAAGACUCUCAACGAGGUGGACUGACACAGUGGCUGCAACAACGGACUCAAGCAUAACGAUUGUGAGGAUGGCGCAGGAUCGGGCAGUGUUUUGGUCUGUUGUGCAUAGGGUCGCUAUUAGUCAGAACCGACUAGAUGGCACCUAACAACAACGCUAUGAUAGCUUCCUAACUGGGCUCCUCGAAUUAGUUCUCCGUGCAUCCCAACCUGUUUGUUCUAGAGUGAGCAUUUAGAAAUGAAUAUUUGAGCAUGUCCGUGCUUGAAAUAUUUUAGUGACUUCCUUUAUUCUUUGGAUAAAGACCCAAAUCCUUAUCUUCCUAGUAAGGCCCCUGUGGUUUGGCUCCCACCUACUCCCCAGCCUCAUACUGCACUGUGUUUCCCCUAUGCUUUCUGUGAUUUGUCCACACCAAUUUUUUUAGGCUUUCCAACUCACUCCGGCUUGCUUGACCUUGUUAACUCCUGCUUCUCUUUCAGAUGUCAACUCCAUCAUUCUUUCCUUAAGGACGGUUUCCCUGAUAUACCCUUGUCUAGAUCACUACCAAGAAGCCCUGGUGGUGCAGUGGUUAAGCGCUCAGCUGCUAACUGGAAGGUGGGCAUCUCAAACCCACGAGCCCCUCUGCAGAAGAAAGAUGUGGCAGUCUGCUUCUGUAAAGCUAACAGCCUAGGAAACCCUAUGAAGCAGUUCUACUCUGUUCUUUAGGGUCACUGUAAGUCAGUCUACUCGAUGGCACACAAUAACAGGUCAGGAGUUUUUCUCUUAGCAUCAUGUACUUUGCCUUCAUGGAAUCUAUCUAGUUUUAAUUUGACAUUUGUGUGAACCUUUGAAUUGCACAAGAUGGCAAGCCCAUGAAAGCAGGAAUUGCCCUCCUGUCUAUCUACCUGUCCUUUCUCCCAAGCACUGCAUCCACCAUCACAGUGCCAGUGCAUUGCAUGUGAUAAACCCUUAAUAAGCACUUUUGAAUUAAUGAAAAAGCUUUAAGAUUGUACUAAGCCGAUAGUCUUUUAUCAACCUUCAGUGAUAUCUGUUAGACCUCAAAGUUUAUGAUAUGGUAUAAACUAUGUUAAACUAUAGCCUUUUCUGCCUUGUUUUUAGAUGGAUUUAUAAGUUAAAACCAAUAAAUAAGUUGAAAUGUAUCUCUAGAAAUAUUGUUCACUGAUGAUCCAAAUAGUAUGAGAAUAUGAUAUUUUCUAAAAUUCAGUGUCACUAAACAGGAUAGGAUGAGUCCCUGGGGGGCAUAAAUGAUAAAGUGCUUGUUCAACUAGUAGCCGAAAAUUUGGUGGUGCCAAAAGGUUGGCAGCUCAGACCCACCCAGAAGCACCUUGGAAGACAGGCCUGGUGAUCUGUUUCCAAAAGGUCAGAGCAUUGAAAACCCUAUGGAGCGGUUCUACUCUGCACACACGGGGUCACCAUGAGUUGGAAUCAACUUGAUGACAACUAACAACAACAAAAAUCUGAUAGGCAAAGGAUUAUUAUAUUCUAAAUAUAGAGGUAAAAUGGAUUUCCGUUUUAAUUCCUUCAAUUCUCAAAAUUGUAACAUAUUUUUUUUAAUUGUACUUUAGAUGAAGGUUUAUAGAACAAGCUAGCUUCUCAUCAAACAGUUACACAUAUUGUUGUAUGACAUUGGUUAACAACGCCACAACAUGUCAACACUCUUCCCUUCUCAAUCCUGGGUUCCCUAUUACCAGCUUCCCUGUUAUCUCCUGCCUUCCAGUCCCUGUCCCAGGGCUGGUGUGCCCCUUUAGUUUUGUUUCGUUCUAUGGGCCUGUUUAGUCUUUGGCUGAAGGAUGAACCUCAGGAGUGACCUCAUUACUGAUCUGAAAGGGUGUUGGGGGCCAUACUCUAAAGGUUUCUCCGGUCUCUGUCAGGCCAGCAAGUCUGGUCUUUCUUUCUGAGUUAGAAUUUUGUUCUACAUUUUUCUCCAGCUGUGUCUGGGACCCUCUAUUGUGAUCCCUGUCAGAGCAGUCAGUGACUGUAGCCAGGCACCACCUCCUACUGGACUCAGUCUGAUGAAGGCUGUGGAAGAUGUGGUCCAUUAGUCCUUUGGACUAAUCUUUCCCUAGUGUCAUUAGUUUUCUUCAUUCUUCCUUGCUCUGGAAGGGGUGAGAUCAGCAGAGUAUCCUAGAUGGCCACUCACAGGCUUUUAAGACCUCAGACGCUACUCACCAAAGUAGAGGGUAGAACAUAUUCUUUAUAAACUAUGUUAUGCUAAAUGAGCUGGAUGUUCCCCAAGAUCAUGGUUCCCACAGUCCUCGGCCCAGCAAUUCAGUCCCUCAGGGAGUUUGGAUGUGUCUGUGGAGCUACCAUGAUCUGGCCUUGUUUAGGUUGUGCUGGUUUCCCCAGUAUUGUGUACUGCCUUACCCUUCACCAAAGUUUCCACUAAUCUGUUGUCUAUUAAGUGUUUUUCCAUCCCCACCAUUCCCCUCCCUCAUAACCAUCAAAGGUGGUUUCUUUUUGUAUGUAAACUAUAGGACAGAGUAGAACUGCCCCACAGAGUUUGCAAGGAGCGCCUGGUGGUUUCAAACUGCCAGCCUUUUGGUUAGCAGCCAUAGCUCUUAACCACUACAGCACCAGGGUUCCCAGAUGUCACACAGUACCAGGUAUUCAGGAGAUUGGAAAAGAAGGUAAUUACAGACUGACUAGAACUGAGAAAUGAAGAAAGGUAAUCAUCUUCAUGACUUUAUAUGGAAAUCAUUUUCUUGCUUUCCUUUAUGGUUUUACCACCUAAGCACGUAUCCUUGCAGGUUUGCCUCAUAAAAACAAAACCCUUUACAUAGUGAAAUUGUAUGGCAUAUAUUCUUCAUCUGACUUUUUUCAGUGUUUAUUGUGAGGUUUAUGUUGCAUAUAGUUGUAUUGUGGUAUUGUCUUCUACUGUGUGAAUUUGUCAUAAUUCAUUAAUCAGUUGUACUGUUGAUGGACGUUUGUGUUGAUUCUCGCUUUGGGCUAUUACAGACAAUGCUGCUGUGAACAGUCGCAGGUGUGUCUCUUGGAGUACAUGUGCAUGUUGCUUCUUUUGAGUCUACACCUAAGAGUAGAAUUGCUGGAUCAUGGGAUGAUAUUUAUUUGUUCAGCCUAUUAAAUAAUGCUAAACAAUUGUCCAAAGCCACUUUACCCAUUUCUAUCUCUGCACUCAACAAUUUGAGAGUUCCCUUCUGCUUCACAUCCUGACCAAUGCUUAGUAGCUCUACUUUAGUCAUUCUGGUGACUGGCUUUUGUUUACAACUUCUCACAUCCUCUUCAAACUCCUUUCCCACAAACUCUAAGGUACCUUUCUUUGUAGCCUUGGGGGUUGGGGAGCUGGAGGGGGCCUCAGUUUUGAGGAAGAGAGGGUAUCUCCCUUGGGCGACAUUGAGCUUUGACUUCUGUCUACUUGGCCCUGGGAGGCCAUAAGGACCAAAGCUCCCAUCUGCCCACUUUGGCAUAAGCACUUAGUACAGUACUUUAGUGCUCCACUUACCUCUCUGGAUGCAUCCCUUCGCUUAGAUUUUAGCCCAGUGAUUCUUUAGAACU